AUGGCUUCGCUGAGGGAGAUUGCCGCUUCGGAUGACGAGGAAAGCGACUUCGACCACAUCGACGACCCCAUCGACGACGCCAUUGACGAUAUCCAAGACGCGCCCGCACCCGCGCCCGUGCAAGACAACGAAGCUCAGGAAGGGAAUCACAGUCACCAUGAUGGUAGCAACGUCUCGACGGACCUAUCCUUCUUCCAGCGCGUCUAUGACGAACAAAGAGCGGUCAUAAUCGCAGGAACCUACAUAGGCACCAACAUCACAACACAAGGGCUCCAGCCACCAACGCAUAAGAGCGACCAAUCCUCCUCGAUUACCGACCCAGUACCCGCCAGCCGUCGACCGCUGAAGCGAAAGAUUGGCGAGAACGUCAUCGAUCUGACCGAGCUUACCCAGGUCACUACUCCUAGGAAAAGUGGCGACGGGAAAGGGAAGACUGGUGAAGGCGAAAGCGGCGCAUUACAAAUCGGCAAGCGAACACAAGCCAAUACCAAAACGAGUCCUGAAGAGAAGGAAGAGAUAUCACAACCAUCGAUCGUCCGAAUAGACCCCUACGACUUCCCCGACGAUGAAGACGAUGACUAUACAGUCCCUUCAAUACCCAAGAAGAAGACAAAGACGACGAAACGCGCGCCGCAAGCCUCGACCAACAGUCUCCCCGUGGCGCAACCCGAUGCGACACCCGAUCACGAUGACAUCAGCUUCAUCCCACUACCCCCGUCCGAACAUGCGCCUUCUUCCGUCGUCCAGCUCCGUAGCUACCAAAAACCAAUAUCAAGCGAAGAGAAUGCCUCGACAAGCAGCUUGUCUACCAAUGCCACCGCGACCCAGCGCUUAUACAUUGCUCCGAGUACCCUUACGGCUAGCCAGAAAGAGGAAUACAGGAUAGUCAGCUUGUCCACUCAGGGAACACAAGAAAUCCUGGCUACACAGGACAAUCUGGCUACACAAGAAAACAUCUCUCCAAGGUCUUCGUUACCUGCUGUACCGCCAUCAGAUCCGUAUCCACCACAAAUGCUUGGAGACGGACUGUUAUAUGCCGGGGCCGGAACCGUGUACAAGUCGAGUGGCAUGACUACUAUUGUGCCCUCUAACUUGAGUGAGAUGCUACGCGAUCGUGCUGGGAAUCCGCUGGACGCUGCAGCGGCAGCUGUGAUGACUCUGACGUCGGGUUUGGGAUUGGGCAGCCUAGAGAUGGGGACUCCGGCGAGAGUUAGAACAGCUUUUCCGGCAUCUUCCCCAGAUAUUAUUGGUGGAGGGUCGCCUGGGAUUCGCACAAGUGGGGAAAAGAGGAAGGCUACUCAGGUCCUUGGAGAAGAUGUGACUGAGUCGUUAGGGAGUAGUCGGCUGGCAGAAAUUCGGGAGAUGAGUGCGGAGGAUAAUGCUGAUCACGUCCCUGAUGCAACGGACAAUCAUCCGUCGACAAUUCUAGGCAAUGAUAAAUCGCUGAAUGAACAAACUGCCGAGAAACCUGUUGAGCCUGCUACGCUCAGCAAUACCGUUCCGAAGAAGAGAGGGCGAAAGAAGAAAGAACGUGUCCAGACGGUUACCGAAGAAGAUACUAUUCUGGACAAUAGCUUUGAAGCUACCGAGUAUCAACAACCAGAAGAGGUUCUAGAGCCCACGGAGCCUGAACAGCCACCACCAAAAAGAAGGCGUGGCCGUUCACGAAAGUCCGAUGUUGCCGCCACCCAAAAAGCACCCAAACAACCGACUCCAGCACCCGAACCUGAUGAGGGAGAUGAGCUAACCUCACCUGCACCAACCACAGGCAGGAGAAGGCGUGGCACCGACAACACCAACACAAGAACACGGAAGGCGUCUGCGCCCAUAGUCAUAGACGACAGCGAAAGUGAUGGAAACCUCUCGGAUCCACCAGAAGAGAUAUCAGAACCUGAAAAGGAAGUCGAAGAGGGGGAGCCAGAAAUACCACCAAGUGACCAGGACGACGAGGAGGAGGAAGAGGAAGAACCUCCACGUAAACGUGGGCGACCAGCGGCGACAGCGGCACCGCCACCACCACUGCCACCAACAAAAGGAAAAAGAGGCAGGCCACCUAAAAACAAGGUCGUGCAGGAGGUUUCGGCGUCUACAGCAAAGAAGAAUGGCCGUUCAAAGUCAAAGGUUCAGGUAGAAGAUUCUGAAGACGAUGAUCAAGAUCAUGACCUGAAAAAGGAACUAGAAGAAGACGACGGAAACGUAAAGAGUAACAAGGAUACCCGGGAGGAGGAAACUACUCCUGUCCCUGGUGCAAAGCCUGCUCCAUCUCCUGAACCUCCUACUACGAAAGAAAAAGAUGAGGAUAAUGACAAGGACAAGGACACAAAAAAGGAGAAAGAGAUCAUCAAGCCAACCAGCUUUUUGUCUACGCAAGGCAAAGUCAAGUACAGAGUGGGAUUGAGCAAGAGGUCGAGGGUGGCGUCGCUGUUGAAGGUGGUUCCGAGGAAGCAAUGA